AUGGACGUCGUCGCCGCGGCAUCACCAAAUAUUUACUUGCAAGACCUGGUGAGUUUUGGGCGCGGGAUCCUCCGCCAAGGGAUAGUCAUCCAAGACGCUACGGUGAAGAACAGCUCUCUCCCCGUCGAUACCUUCGAGAUUCUCCUCAUCGACAACUCUGUCGUGUAUAAGAACGCUCGGGACAUCAGGGUGCUCGACAGAAGCCACCUGUACCCCGGUCAGGUGGUCGGGUCGGCAUGCGACAUCACCGGCCAAAUCGGUGUCGUCACCGGUGUCACCACCCUGCUGGACCUGGCCGAGGUUGAUAACCGGGGCAUGGCGACCGGCAUCAUCAAGGGUGUGUCCCCGUCUAGCCUGCGGCGAGUCAGAAGCCUCAAUCUUGGGGACUUCGUCGUGUCCGGGCCGUGGCUCGGCCGAGUUGUCGAGGUGUCUAUCGAUGUCGAUAUCUUGUUCGACGAUGGCGCUGUCUGCAGGGUUAACGACGCAAAGUCCAAAAUGCUACGGAGACUGGAUGACACCGACAACCGAUACCGCAUUCAAAUGAACUGUGACUUCUACCCAGGGCUGAGUGUCACCGGGGGAAACCCUCGUUCCCUCUUCAAAACGGCACGGUGGCUUAAUGGCUACUGGAAUCACCGUCGCGACGUAGGCACCGUCCUCAAGGUGGAUACAUCCGGCGUUCUCGUCUACUGGAUUGCGUCGAUGCAUUGUGGCACGGACAAGGAGCUCAUCGAGGCAUCCGCUCCGCCAGCGUACCAGCACCCUGAUGACCUGACCUUCUUCUGCGCCGCGUGCAUUUGCAGCUGGGGGGUAGCUGACCAUUGCUUCUUUAGAGCCCCUAGUUCCACCAAAACCAACAAUGAUAAUGGCAAUCUGGCUUGUGCUCACGAUCAAGAGGAAGAGGAAGGGGAAGAGGAAGAGGAAGAGGAAGAGGAAGAGGAAGAGGAACACCAAUGCUCUGAAAGCAACCAGGGUGUAAUUUAUGCUGAACAAGAACCAAUUGCUCAUACAGUACCGCCAAUGCCCACGAAGCAGAAUGAUGUGAUAUUUUAUCGGAAGCGGUUGAGGAAGGUCUUCUUCAAGGGGCACAGACCGGAGCGACACCGACAAAUAAGGAGGCUUGUGGAGGUGGAGUUUCCCAUGACCGUCGCUAGCACCGUCACCUCUGUCGACGUGCUAUGGCAGGAUGGCACCCUGCAGCACGGCAUACCUUCAGCGACCCUCGUCCCCUUUGGUACGGUGAAUGAGCAAGAGUUCUUACCAGGACAACACGUCAUUGAGAACGGUCUUUCUUUCGAUACUGCCACUGAUACUAAUGGCGAGUAUAAUGACGCGACAAGGCGUGUGGGCAUAGUCAGGAGCCUAGAUUGCAAGGACCAAACGGUGUGUGUGUCAUGGUUCAAGGCGGAGAUGUGCACUGACGAGGCUAGGGAGGUCGAGAGCAUUGAUACGAUGAGUGCAUAUGAUCUCAAACUGAAUUACUCACCCUACUACGGAGAUAUAGUAGUACGCCUUAUACAGUCAGAAGUAACGAACUCGAAUGUUGACCUUUCGUGGGUGGGGCGUGUUGCUGACCUUCUUCCUGAUGAACACGUCCAAGUCAGGUGGGCUGAUGGUAGUAUGUCAAAGGUGUCACCACAUGAGAUCGUUGUGGUUAACGAGGAGCACUACAUGGAGUUGUGGACUGAAAUGGGCGAUUGGUUGGAGGAUGACGGCAUCGAUGAAGAGGUUGCCAACACGUUAUAUGACAAUGAUCUGCAGAACCCAGCUGAUUAUAGCGAUGUCGAAAAUGACGACCCAGCAGAGAUGACGACAAGCCUUUUGGGUCUUGUAGUCCAGUCUUCGCUUCCAUUGACCGGUGACAUGGUGACCAAUCGCCAGCCGCCGCCGUCAUCCUUGGUGCCAAGCUCAGAGGUACAUGCGGCAACGGAGCACAUCGCUGCUGCCCUGACAAGGAACAUUGUGGAUGUAGAGUGCCACGAUUUUGCAACCUGCUCCUGUGACGAAUCGUUCAGUUUCCCACGUUUCGAUGUAUUGCAGAUCACCCCUGAGGAUCACCAUUACAUUGAUGACGCAAACAAGGGUGGUAGUCGUGGGAAGAAUUGGGCCAAGGCAGUGCAAAAGGAAUGGCAAAUUCUAGAGAACGAUUUACCAGAAACCAUCUAUGUACAAGUGUUCGAGGGCCGCAUGGACCUGCUCCGGGUGGUGAUGGUGGGCGCGAGCGGGACACCAUACCAUCAUGGGCUCUUCUUCUUCGACUUACAGCUACCCUCGUCCUACCCGGCUGAGCCACCCCAAGUGUAUUACCACUCCUAUGGCCUACGCCUCAAUCCAAACCUCUACGAGUCUGGUACUGUGUGCCUCAGCCUGCUAAACACGUUUGAUGGCGAGGGCACCGAGCUUUGGUCGUCGGUGACAUCAAGCCUCCUCCAGGUUGUUGUCUCCAUACAAGGCCUCGUCCUCAACGACCAACCAUACUACAACGAGGCCGGAUAUGAGACCCUAGUCGGCAAACCAGAGGGUCGUCGCAAUGCGCUGCCCUACAAUGAGAAUGCUUACAUGCUCAGCCUUCGGACCGUACUCCAUGUGUUGCGCCGGCCGCCUCAAGGAUUUGAGGAAUUUGUCAAGGACCACUUUCGUCGACAGGGAAGGUUUGUGCUCACGACAUGUGAUGCGUGCCUGCGAGGAUGCGUUGUCGGUAAUGCCCAUGCCACCGAAGCGAGUAAGGGACAGCCAUGCUCAGCCGGGUUAAAGAUUGCACUCGCCAACAUGUUGCCUAUCCUUGUGGCAGCUUUCACAGAGAUUGGGGCCCAAGGGUGCGAAGAGUUUAAGAAGUUAUAUGCUCUCAGCACUGCUUAG